AUGAAGUUCAAAAGACUAAAAAUUGGUAUUAGACCUCAACUAAUAGGUUUAGUAUGUUUUGCUUCAUUACUAUCUUUAUUAAUAUUAGGUUUAGUUACAGGUAUAUAUUUUAGUGAUAAUUUAAAAAGUCUACGAAGUGAAAGAUUAGCUGUUAUAUCACAAUUAAAAGCAUUACAAGUAGGACAAGCAAUGGGAUUUAUAGAUUUAACAAUAGGUUCAUUAUCAACAGUAGAUACUGUUGUAAAACCUUUAAUACAAGCAUCAAGUGGGAAUAGUUCAUCCGAAAUUUAUGAUGAAGUACAAGAUUUAUUUAAUCAAUAUAUGUCAACUGAUAAUUUAAUAUCUGCAAGAUUAUAUGAUAAAGAUUUAAAUUUAGUUACAACUUCAUUAAAUGAACCAGUACAAUUAUCAAAUGAAACAAAAUCAAAAUUAUAUCCAAUACCUAAUGGAGGUCCUUUAACAAGAAUGGUUGAUGAAUAUUCAAGAGAUGGAUUUUAUUAUAGUGGACCAGUAUCAAAUGAAACUGUAAAUCAAAAUACAACUAAAUUUUAUAUGGGAGUAACAACUACAAUAACUUCAUCAAUUGAUAAUAAUGAUACUAUAGUAGGUUAUAUAUCAGUAAUUGCAUCUGCAGAUGCUUUAUUUACUGCUUUAAAUGUUUCAACUAAUGAUUAUUGGACAUUAGCAGUAACUCCUGUAUUUAAUGAUAAUUCAACAGAUUAUGAUGAUAAUAUGCAUAUUAGUGAUAUAAAGGGGUUUGAAGCCGUUUUUCCAAAUAAAGGAGGAAUUAUACAAGCAGGUAAAUAUUAUCCAAUAGGUUCAUCAUCAUUAAUAGGACCAGCUUUCAAAUCAAAUGAUACUGAUGGUGUAACAACAAAUGUUCGAUCAGUAACUAAAGUAAGACUUGCAACAAGUUAUUAUAGAGUAAGAUAUAGUAAUUGGAUGUGGUUAAUUAUGACUGCUCAAACUUCAAAAACUUUUAAUGCACCAGUUACAAAAUUAAAAAAAAUAAUAAUUGGAGUUACUUUUGGUAUUGGAUUUUUUAUGUGUGUUCUAACAUUAUUUUUAGCUAUAUGGUUUAUAAGACCCAUAACAAGAUUAAAAGUUGCAACUGAAUCAAUUACACAAUAUAAAAAGGAACAAAUCAUACUGGAAAAGAAAGAAAAAAACAAUGGUGAAUAUGAUAAUGAUUUAGAUAAAUAUCCUGGUGGUAGUAAAAGAAGUAGUGUUCAUACUAUUUCUACUAAUGGAUCAGGUUCAGUUCAUUCAACAGGUAUAAGAUUACCUUCAAGAAUUCCAAGAUCAAAAGCUUUAUUUAAAGAUGAAUUAACUGAAUUAUCAGAAGCUUUUAAUAUAAUGACUGAAGAAUUAGAAAAACAAUAUAUGCAUUUAGAAGAUAGAGUUAGAGUGAGAACAAAAGAACUCGAGGCUUCAAAGAUAGAAGCUGAAGCAGCAAAUGAAGCAAAAACAGUAUUUAUUGCAAAUAUAUCUCAUGAAUUACGUACACCCCUUAAUGGAAUAUUAGGAAUGGCAUCAAUAGCAAUGGAAGAAGAAGAUCAAACAAGAAUGAAAGAAUCAUUAAAAUUAAUUUAUAGAUCAGGAGAAUUAUUAUUACAUAUAUUAACUGAGCUAUUAACAUAUUCAAAAAAUACAUUAAAUAGAUCAAAAUUAGAAAAAUCAAAUUUUCAAAUAUUAGAAAUUGUUUAUCAAAUUCAUUCAAUUUUUAAUAAAUUAGCUUUGGAUCAAAGAGUUAAUUUUAAAAUUUCAGUAAAACCAAAUUUUUUUAGAAAAUUAAUAUUAUAUGGAGAUUCAAAUAGAAUUAUUCAAAUUAUAAUGAAUUUAGUUUCAAAUUCUUUAAAAUUUACUCCAAUUGAUGGAUUUGUUGAUGUUAAUUUUAAAUUAAUUGGUGAAUAUGAUUAUGAAAAAUCUGAAGCUUGUAAUUUUGAAAAAGUUAUUUGUGUUGAUAAUGAUUAUUAUGGUAAUGAAAAUUAUGAUGAAAAUCCUUCAAGGCCAAUUGCUCCAAGAUAUGGAACUAAUAUGUCAUUAAUUAGAAGAAAUAGUAGACAACAUCUGCAGAAUGAUAAGACCUCAGUUAAAAGAUCUUCUAAAUAUGAAAUACAAGAGCCACAACAACAACCACAUGAUGCAUACUACAAUGAUAAUGAUGAUAAUAUUAGUAUAACCACCUUAUCAACUCAACAAUACGAAAAAGUCAUAUUUAAUCAACAAUUUCAAAAUCAAAAUCAAAAUCAAAAUCGUGAAUUUGAUAAAUUAACACCACUUUCACCAAGAACUUCAUUUGAUGAUUCUUCAGAUACAAAAAACUUAUCAUCAUCAAGUGAUGAUGGUAAAGGAUCUAACUCUUCAAUUAAAUUACAACAACAACAACAACAGGAACAAGAUGAUGAUGAAAUUCAAUCUGAAUUGAGUAAUUAUAUUCUACCACAAGCAAAAGGUUUUAAAUCUCAUCCAUCAAUGAAUAAAAAAGAAGAAAAUGAAGGUGAUAAAUCUUUUAAAAUAAAAAAUAUUUAUAAACCAAAAACAUGGGUAAUUCAAAUUGAAGUUAAAGAUACUGGUUCAGGUAUUGAACCAGCAUUUCAAGAAAAAGUAUUUGAACCAUUUGUACAAGGUGAUCAAACUUUAAGUAGAUCAUAUGGUGGUACUGGAUUAGGUUUAAGUAUAUGUAGACAAUUAGCAAGAAUGAUGAAAGGUACAUUAACUUUAAAAUCAAAAAUUGGUAAAGGUUCCAUAUUUACAUUAACUUUACCAUUACCACAAACUGGAGAAAUGAUGAUGUCAUCAAAAGAUUUAGAAGAAUUUUGUGAUGAUGAAUUUAAUCCUUCUGCAAAAAUUAAUAGAAAAGUUGUAUUUAAUGAUGAAGUUGAAACUGUUGGGACAAAACCAAGUAGAAAUACAGAAACUAAAAGUAUGGAUAGUGCAAUAUAUGCAAAAAGUUCAACAGGAACUGCUCGUCAUUCAACUGAUAAUAAUUGUGAACUUGAAAAUAAUAAUAAUAUUGAGAAUAAUAAUAAUACUAAUGAUAUAAUAAUUUCACAACGAGAAAUUAAUGAUAAUGAUGAAGAAAAAAUGCCAAUUGCUUUAACAACUGUUACAACUACUCCAACUACAACAACUAAAAUAUUAAAAACUCCUACAACUACAACUACUGAAGUAACAACUUUAACUAAGACCGUUACAACAUCACCAAAUUCUAAUUUAGAAGAAAUAUCAUCAGAUUUAAUUGAAAGUCAAUUACAACCAAAACCUACAAAUGGAAUUCAUACAAAAGUAUCACAACUUAAAUCAUCAAAUCAAAGUAAUAAUUUAAAUAAAGAAUUACACAAAGGAUCAAUGUCAUCAACUAAAACUACUUCAACCACAGCAACCUAUAACUCAACAUCCACAACAAAAACCAACUCUUCAUCAUCAUCAUCAACAUCCACAAUUCAACAACAACAAUAUUCAGAUGAAUUGAAAAAUAUUAAAAUAUUAGUAGCAGAAGAUAAUCAAGUAAAUCAAGAAGUUAUAAAAAGAAUGUUGAAAUUAGAAGGAUUUUCAAAUUUAACAUUAGUUACAAAUGGUAAAGAAGCAGUAGAAAUUAUAAAAAAUUCAAUACCUUCCGAAAUAUCUUCAUCUAUAUCUCCACAAGAAGAACAAUUUGAUUUAAUAUUUAUGGAUGUUCAAAUGCCAAUAAUGGAUGGUAUAACAGCAGUAAAAAUUAUCCGUAAUCAAUUACAGUUUAAAAAUUUGAUAAUUGCAUUAACUGCAUUUGCAGAUGAAAGUAAUGUUAAAGAAUGUUAUAAUUGUGGAAUGAAUGGGUUUUUAGCAAAACCAAUCAAAAGAAAUUUUUUAAAAAAAGUAUUUAUUGAAUUUCAACAACAAUUGAGACAACAACAAUUAAAUCGAAAACAACAACAACAAUUAGAAUAA